UGUACAUUAAUAGGGUUUCAAUUUAAAUCGUCUUGUAUCAGCACUUAAAGAACGUGUUUAUUCAAAAGAAGGUAUUAAUGAAUAUGAUGAUCCAAGACAAUCAGCAUUUCGUCGAUCGGGAAGUUUUCGUCGAUCAGGAUCAAAUCGAUCAUCGAAUUUUGAAAAUUUGUUUAUGGGUAAAAAUAAAGUAUCGACAAGUCGUCGACCAAGUAUUAAUAUAGAAAAUGGACAUGUUAAUUUAAUAAAUCUUGAUGAAACAAAACGAACAGCUCCACCAGUUACUGAUAGUUUUUUAAAUCAACAACAACAACAACAGCAACAAUAUGGAAAAACAUUAAAUGUUCCAGAACCAACAAGUGUUCUUCAUGUUUUACCUCUUGUUACACCACCAGCACCAUUGAAUCCACCUCGACCAGCUAUUAUGUCAACACCAAAAUCAUCAAUAAUUUGCGUUAAAAAUCCUUCAACAUCAGUUGCUUUAUCACCAACUGAAACACGUCCAUUAUUACUUGUUACUACAGAUAAUGAUCAACAUCGGCCACAUACAAUGACGGUAUCUAAUGAACGUCAUUUACCACUAAAUGGUCGAAUGGUAUCAGUUAUUUCAAGUAAACAAAGACAACAACCAAAUACACCAUAUGAUGAUCAUCAUCAAAUGAUUAGUGAAAUAGCAGCACAAAGAAUACCACCAAGAAAACAUACAAAUAAUCGACCACGAACAGCUUUAUUUUUUACAUCAACAAGAGGUCCUGAUCAAUCACCUGAACAACAUCAACCAUUAUUAGGUAGUAGUGGAAAUGAUACAAGUCGCCAUGGUUCACUUGAUUCCCAUACAUCAACUGACGAUGGUUUUGGUGGAAAUGAUAAUUGGUCAAAUGCACCAAGACUUAUAUUAUCAUCAAAUCAAAGAACACCUGUUAAUAAUUCUAUACAAUUAGUAAAUACAGCUCAACCUCGACCACAUACAAGUAAUAAUUCUCGACAAUUACCAUCAUUACCAAUACCUAUACGACAAUCAUCGAUCGAAGAUAAUUUCAAUUUACCAUCAUCAUAUUAUGAUAGUCAAAAUACAGAAAAUGAAGAUGAACUUUUAUCAGAAAGAUUUACACAUUCUGCAGAAUUAUAUUAUUAUCAAACUUCAUCAUCAUCACCAUCAUCAUCAUCAAUAAAAUCAAACCAUUCACCAACAUCAGUAAAUUCUGAUAAUGAAAAUAAUGGUGAACAAUCUCAAAAUGAUAAUCAAGAAGACGAAGAAGAUGAAGACGAAGAUAUUAAUGAUGAUGAUGAUGAUGACGAUGACGAUGAUGAUGAACAAAGAAUGAAUCAACGAUUAACAAAUGAUGAAGAUGAUGAUCAAACUUCAUCAUGCGAAUACGAAAAUUGA